AUGGAUCCCAAACACCAGCACAUGGCGUUAAAUGAUGGUCACUUUAUUCCUGUACUGGGCUUUGGCACCUAUGCAGCUGAAGAGGUUCCUAAGAGUGAGGCUGGGGUGGCCACCAAAAUAGCUAUAGAUGCUGGGUUCCGCCAUAUCGAUGCUGCUUACGCGUAUCAAAAUGAAGAAGAAGUAGGUCAGGCCAUCCGCAGCAAGAUUGCUGAUGGUACUGUGAAGAGAGAAGACAUAUUCUUAACUUCCAAGCUUUGGUGUACUUUCCAUCGACCAGAGCUGGUCCAGUCAGGCUUGGAAUGGUCACUCAAAAAACUUCAAAUGGACUAUGUUGAUCUCUAUAUUAUUCAUUUCCCACUGUCUCUGAAGCCUGGUGAGGACUUAAUUCCAACAGAUGAGAAUGGAAAAGUGAUAUAUGACACAGUGGAUCUCUGUGCCAUUUGGGAGGCCAUGGAAAAGUGCAAGGAUGCGGGACUGGCCAAGUCCAUCGGGGUAUCCAACUUCAACCGCAGGCAGGUGGAGAUGAUUCUGAACAAGCCAGGACUCAAGUACAAGCCUGUGUGCAACCAGGUAGAAUGUCAUCCUUAUCUCAACCAGAGAAAAUUACUGGAUUUCUGCAAGUCCAAAGAAAUAGUUCUGGUCGCUUAUGGUGCUCUGGGGUCCAAUCGAAAUCCAAAAUGGGUGGAUCAGAAUUCCCCAAUUCUCCUGAAUGAUCCGAUGAUUUGUUCUAUGGCAAAAAAGUACCAGCGAACUCCAGCCCAGAUUGUCCUUUGCUACCAGCUGCAGCGUGGGGUUGUGGUCUUGGCCAAGAGCUUCAGUGAGAAGCGGAUCAAACAGAAUGCUCAGGUAUUUGAUUUUCAAUUGUCGUCGGAUGACAUGAACGUGUUAGAAGGCCUAAACAGAAAUCUCCGAUAUUUUUCAGCUGAAUUUCUUCUCGAGCAUCCAAAUUACCCAUUUGCUGAUGAAUAUUAACAUGGGAGACUUUUAUGACUUCUUCCUGAAGAGCUUGCAAAUGGAUCAUAACGUAGGAGACAUCUCAGAUACUGGUGACCACGCACCUCACUUCUGGUUGAUCUUUGCCAUCUAGCGGUUCUGAGCUAUAGCCGUAUCCACAGCGCAUAUAACCACCGUGACAGUAGAUUCUUAUCACUGUGAGAAAAAUGAAAGUGGUAAUUUGUUAAAGAUUCUUACUUGAUGCUGUUUGUAUUACAGACCUGCUUUGUUGCAUUCAGAAUGGUCAGUCCCUAACACUGAUUUGCAUAGAAGCUUGCAGAACUUUGGUGACAGACGACAGCAGCUGGUCCAUGAAUGCACCAGGAGAGGGGUGGGAACCAUGAGCUUGUAAGGCACUUUGUGACGAGUUUUCAGUCUUUGUUUUUCCAGUGCAUCCAGGAAGCUGAAGUCUCACAACACAGAGUUCAAAACGUGAGGCACUACUCCACGGAUACAGUCUAGGAUCUGUGUUCCAGCUGCUUAUGGGUCAGAACUGCACCCAUUUGAGUAUCGUGUAUCUUUGGAGGAGGAUUAGUCUCUGUUGAGGGGAUUUAAUCUGGAAGAGAAGUUAGAAGUCAGAUUUAACAGACUAAAAAGUGGAGGCUUAACCCAACUCUACCUUGGAAUUAGAGAAUGUUCUACAGUAAUAAUAACUUCAGAUAAAGGAUAACUUUCCACUUAUUUAUCUCAGUGACAAAGUUGAGUCUUAGGGAUUUUUACUUGGUAAUCAAGAGAAACACUAAAGUUCUUGGUGAUGUAGUGAAACAUAAAGACAACAAAGCAAUGUAAUGAUAAAAUAGAGCUAAAUGUUAGCACCCAUAUUUUCCAUUUUUUGAGGUUUUGAUUUUUGUCUCUUAAAAUUCUUAAACAUAAAAGUAGGCAGGCCCAACAAUGCAAAAUGCAUUGUAUCUCAAAAAACAAUGGCUAUCAAAUAGGCUUUUCGAAAGCAUUUCUUCAGCUGAGAAAAACCAUACAAAAUUGGCAAGCCAUGAUGCUCUCCAAGUGAUUCACCCAUGAAAGUGUAAAGCCUAUGGAUUUGGGACACUAUUUUGUCUUCAUCAAUCCCUUAAGGAGCACAGAUAAUCUCAAUAACUUAAAUUUCAUCAAUGGUAUGAUAAACCUCAAAUCUGGAGGUUAAAUAAUUUAAUUAAUUUUUUUUUCUGUUUACCUUCCAAGCCUGGUUAACAAUUUCACUGUUUGAAAGUGACAACGGUUUUAGUGACUGAAGCAUUUAAUUUUUUUUUUAGUCAUGUGCAUUUCCCCCCUGAUUUGGAACUAACAACUCCAGAGAAAAAGAUCCCCUUUUGUCUUGUGAAUCUUUUUAUUUCUGAGGUAUCCAUAUAGUGUAGUCUCUCAUUCAUGGUGGAUAUGUUCCAAGACAGUCAGUGCAUCCUGGCUAAAUACAGAUACAUGCUUUCUAUCCAGGUAUACAACUUUACUAUGUGCAGAUAGGAGCUACAUGGAACUAUGUUUCUUUUACCAAUGUACAAAAAGAAAACUUCUAAAAGAGGGAGGGAGAGAGAGAGAUAGAGAAAGAUAGCUACAGCAGGAGAGUAAUAAGAAUGCCUAAUAAUAAUGAUGUAGGAAAUAUAAACACAUGCUGUGCAAAGAAUUAUUUGAAAAUAUAUCAUUCUCUCAAAGUAUCUAAGAAUACCAAAACACUUUAAAUUACGGUUGUAAACUUGGAUACUUAAAUGAUAAAAUAGUUUCUGUGUUUUGAUUCUACAUAUGUCACAUGGGUAUAUGUCAGUAAAUGUACCAAUAAGGAUAAGUCAUCAACAUACACAUAUUAGGUUAUAUUACAAUCAUAAUCAUAUAAUCACAUUAAAAUAAAAUGCAAAAAAAUCACGCCUUGUGUAUAGUAAAUUUAAAGUGUGGAAUGUGUUUUUUGUCUUUACUGUUCUAGCUACUGUCUUGCUUCAGUUGAACGAUUUGUUUUUCUCCUCUCUUUGUUCCAAAGCAGAGUCAAUAAGGUGGAGUUCAGCCAUUUAUUGCUGGAUUUUAGCCUCAUACUCAUUUUCUUAGGACUUGAGAGGACUGACACAUAGCUGACUUCAAAGUCCUUUUAUGCCACAUAGUUUAGAAAGGAAUAACAGCAAUUCUUUUUUAAAAUAUCUUCCCCACCCAAUCCCACA